AUGCUGUCGUCCAGGCGAUCACCAGUAGGCGGGGCCGCUGCCAGUUUGUCGAAGCAGCUCUGGGCGACCUACGCUCAACGGGCCCCAGCGCGCACCUACGCUACCGUCGUGCCCUCGCAGCUCCAGUCUGGGCCCACCAUCGACGUGACCGACAAGCUGCCCGUCCACUAUAGCAAGGAUGGUAAGCCAAAGGAAAAGUUGGUCAUCUUGGGAUCAGGUUGGGCGGGCUACACACUGCUGCGAGCCAUUGACAAGGAAAAGUACGACACGUACCUCGUAUCGCCCAACACCUACUUUGCCAUGACGCCGCUCCUUGCCUCGGCCGCUACGGGAGCCCUUGAGUUCCGCAACGUCAUGGAGCCCGUCCGCGAGACGUUCGACACCUACUUCUGGCAUGCCUACUGCGACGGCAUUGACUUUGCCCAGAAGAAAGUCCAUCUCACGCCCGCCUACCCACCUCCGUUUAGAGCCGUCGAUCCGACCCACCACAGCCAUGACGCACAUGAGAGCUGGAAGUCCCAAGAGGAAGGCCGUACCUACGCACUACCCUACGACAAGCUCGUCAUUGCCUGCGGGACCUACAAUCGCACCUUUGGCACAGAGGGAGUCAAGCAGAACGCUUGGUUCCUCAAGGACGUACAGAACAGUCGUGCGAUUCGCUAUCGUAUCCUCGAGUGCUUUGAGCAGGCCGAGCACCCCGAUCUUACCGAUGAGCAGAGGCGCAAUCUCUUACACUUCAUCGUCGUCGGUGGUGGACCCACUGGCGCAGAAUUCGCUGCAGCGCUGUACGACCUGAUCCGCAAAGAUAUCAAGCGUAUCUUCCCAAAGCUGCAACCCCUUGCCAAGAUUACCAUUUUUGACGCCGCCGGGGGCAUCCUCAACUCCUUCGACGAGUCUCUGCAGGAGUACGCAAAGAAGCAGUUCCUCCACGACGGGAUUGAUCUGAAGCUGAACAGAAAGCCCAUCAGGGUGGAGAGAGGCAAAUUCAUCGUCGAGCCGGACGGAGAGGUUCCCUUUGGGAUGCUCGUAUGGUCGACGGGCAACGCGCAGGGCCCCUUGGUGAACAGCAUCGACGAGGCAAAGAAGGACAAGAGCGGGGCGCUGCUUACCAACGGGCUACUGCAGGUCUUGGCGGCCGGUGAGGGAGAAGCCACGGUAGAAGGCAAGACGGUUGAAGGAGUCUACUCAUUGGGAGAUUGUGCGCAAAUUGUCGACUAUUCCCUACCGGCUACGGCACAGGUCGCGUCGCAAAAGGCAAAGUACCUCGCAAACCUUCUCAAUGGCAAGACAAAGACUUCGUCUACAACCGGGCAGCUAGAGCCCUUCCGAUGGAAGAAUAUGGGCUCAAUGACGCGGCUUAGCUCAAGUACUGGCAUCGCCCAGCUAAAGGGCGGCAAGCUACAGGGCAAGCCGGCCUCGGCGCUAUGGCACAGCACAUACGGUCUCUAUCUGACGAUCACCUGGCGCACCAAGAUUGGCGUCGCCGUAACGUGGAUCCUCAAUGCCCUCUUUGGGCGGUCCCUCUCUCGCAUGUAG